AUGACUAUGUCGGCAACUUCGAAGCCGAAGAAGAAUGCCAAACUCCCUUCGGAAAACGAACGUUUCAUGCGGGCUUGUUCCGAUAUUGCGAACGCCUUGAUCCAGGACCAUGAAUCGCAGAGAGAUCCCACGAAGCCGCGCAAGGAUAUCAAUCUCAACAAGCUGCGGGGUCAAAUCGCCAAAAAGCAUGCCUUGUCCACUCAACCGCCAUUGACGGCCAUCAUCGCUGCGGUUCCCGAGCACUACAAGAAAUAUAUCCUGCCCAAGUUAAUCGCAAAGCCUAUCAGAACCUCUUCCGGUAUCGCUGUCGUUGCGGUCAUGAGCAAACCCCACCGUUGUCCCCAUAUCGCCUAUACAGGAAACAUCUGCGUCUACUGCCCUGGUGGCCCCGACUCUGACUUUGAGUACUCUACCCAGUCCUAUACUGGCUACGAGCCCACGUCCAUGCGCGCCAUCCGGGCUCGCUAUGAUCCCUUCGAACAGGCUCGAGGACGUGUAGACCAGAUCAAGUCUCUCGGCCACAGUGUUGAUAAGGUGGAAUACAUUAUCAUGGGUGGAACAUUCAUGUCCCUUCCGGAGGAUUACCGAGAAUCAUUCGUGGCCCAGCUUCAUAACGCCCUCAGUGGAUAUCAAACCGACAACGUCGACGAAGCGGUGCAGGCUGGUGAGAUGAGUAACAUCAAGUGCGUCGGCAUUACGAUCGAGACGCGACCCGAUUACUGCUUGGAUACCCACUUGAGCAGUAUGCUCCGCUAUGGAUGCACACGCUUGGAGAUUGGUGUCCAAAGUCUGUACGAGGAUGUCGCCCGAGAUACAAACAGAGGUCACACUGUCGCUGCGGUGGCGGAAACCUUCAAGCUUGCGAAAGAUGCCGGGUUCAAGGUGGUCAGUCAUAUGAUGCCUGACCUCCCCAAUGUCGGCAUGGAGCGCGAUCUCUACCAGUUCCAGGAAUACUUCGAAAACCCAGCCUUUCGGACUGACGGUCUGAAGCUCUACCCCACCCUCGUCAUCCGUGGAACAGGUCUCUACGAGCUAUGGAGGACAGGUCGUUACAAGAACUACACUCCGAACGCGCUGAUCGAUCUCGUCGCUCGUAUCCUCGCCUUGGUCCCCCCAUGGACCCGUAUUUACCGUGUCCAGCGAGACAUCCCCAUGCCGCUGGUCACAUCUGGUGUCGAGAAUGGCAACCUCCGCGAACUCGCCCUGGCCCGCAUGAAAGACUUCGGAACGACCUGCCGCGAUGUCCGAACCCGCGAAGUGGGCAUCAACGAAGUCAAGAACAAGAUUCGGCCCUCGCAGGUGGAGUUGGUUCGUCGCGAUUAUUACGCGAACGGUGGAUGGGAGACUUUCCUGGCCUACGAGGACCCUAAGCAAGACAUUCUGAUCGGUCUCCUGCGUCUUCGCAAGUGCAGCGCCACGCAUACAUUCCGCCCCGAAUUUACCGGCCAACAGACGAGUAUCGUCCGCGAGCUGCACGUCUACGGCUCCGCCGUGCCCCUCCAUGGCCGCGAUCCCCGCAAGUUCCAGCACCGUGGCUUUGGUACCCUGCUCAUGGAAGAGGCCGAGCGGAUCGCCCGUGAGGAGCACGGCAGUCAGAAGAUCAGCGUCAUCUCCGGAGUAGGUGUUCGCAGCUACUACGCCCGUCUGGGCUACACUCUGGACGGUCCGUAUAUGUCGAAGAUGCUGGAGCCCUUCGAGGAGGACGAAGAGUUCUUCUGA